AUGAACUCUAUUUUAGACAGAAAUGUUAGAUCUAGCGAAACCAUUUUAAUUAAACCUGAAUCUGAAUUUGAUAAUUGGCUGUCCGAUGAAAAUGACGGAACUAGCCAUACCAACUCCAACAAGGACUCUUCGUCGGUCCUUUCUGCAUCUUCUUCGACAUGGUUCGAACCCUUGGAAAACAUUAUCUCUUCUGCAUCUAGUUCUUCGAUAGGUUCUCCUAUCGAAGACCAAUUCAUCUCUUCUAACAACGAACAAUCCGCUCUUUUCCCAACUGACCAGUUUUUCAGUAAUCCUUCCUCGUACUCGCAUUCCCCAGAGGUUAACAACAACAGUUCAGUAAAAAGAGAAGAAGAGGAAGAUGCUCUUCUGCUAGCUGAUUUCGAACCAGCCUCCCUGCAAUUGAUGCCUAACAUGAUGAACGAUGAUAACAACGAUGACGAUAUCGCACUUAAAAACGAAAUCGAAUUGAAUGAUUCAUUCAUAAAGACAGGCCUGGAUGCUAAGGAGACGAAAAAAAGGGCCCCAAGGAAAAGAUUAACUCCAUUCCAAAAGCAAGCCCACAACAAGAUCGAAAAACGCUACAGAAUAAACAUCAAUACCAAAAUUGCAAGGUUACAACAAAUUAUUCCUUGGGUAGCAAGUGAACAGACCGCCUUCGAAGUGGGUGAUUCCGUAAAAAAGCAAGAUGAAGACGGCUCUGAAACUGCCGCCGCUACUCCUCUUCCAUCGGCCGCAGCUACCAGCACGAAGCUAAAUAAAAGCAUGAUUCUGGAAAAAGCUGUCGAUUAUAUUCUAUAUCUACAAAAUAACGAACGACUAUACGAAAUGGAAGUUCAAAGGUUGAAAAGUGAAAUCGAUACUUUGAAACAAAACCAAAAGUAA